GAAAGUUGUCAGUGUCCUCUCGUCUGUUUUACUCCUUCCUGAAACAUCUGAGCAGCUUCUCCUCCAGAGUUCAGCUCAGCUCUGUCGUGUUCAUCUCUCUGUCUGCGCAGACGGGUUGAAACAGAGCCGUCUCUCUCUCUCUCUCUCUCUCUCUCUCUCUCUCUCUCUGUCAGUGUUGAGCAGAGUUAUGGACGUCAUGUGAGACGAGCUCUUACAGUAAGACGUCACUUUUUUCCACUGCUGUAAUCUCACAGGAGCGUGGGUCUCGGCUGAGCGGCGGUCAUCAGAUAUUGUGCGGGUCAGAGCUGAAAAACGCUCCGUGUAACUCAAUCAGCAGGGCUCUGCUGCGGCGUGAAUCAUUCAUAAAGUCCUGAGCGUCUUUGUGUGUCCGUCACUCUGCGGUGAACUCCACAUCUGCUGCUUCCUGACAGUCUCAGACCUCGGCUCACAGCUCUGACUUCACACACUUAUAAUCAAAGACCAGGUUGUAGAUCAGGGAGAUUAUUUACUGAUGGAUAUCUUUAACUCGGCUGUCAUCGUUCAGGUCUGAAACUUUCACUAAAGAGUCAAAAUCAGAGUCCAACAGCUUUAAAGUCGACUCAAAGUAUGGGGUGCCGUUUGUAAAGCAGCCCAUUAUAAAAACAACAGCAAGAUUUGGUCACAUUUAGCUUCAAACAGCAUUUAAAAAAGUGAUGUGAACUUUCGGCAGUCAUUUUUUUGCACAUUUACAACAACAUUUAAAUACUAAAACUAAAUGUUAAAUGUUAAAUCUAAAUGCUAAAUAUAAAUGUUAAAUAUAUAUGUUAAAUCUAAAUGUUAAAUAUAAAUCUAAAUGUUAAAUAUAAAUCUAAAUGUUAAAUAUAAAUCUAAAUGUUAAAUAUAAAUCUAAAUGUUAAAUGUUAAAUGUUAAAUGUUAAAUCUAAAUGUGUUGGGCGAAACUAAAUAUUUAGCUAAUAUGCAAAUUCACGGUCGGAAACCGGAAGUGCCAAAAUAAAAGCUCCAGAAGGUCAUAUUGAUGAUUCUUGUGUCGAAGAAAACGAAUUAAAACCAAAACAAUUACUUGGGGUGACGUUUCGUGUUAAUAACUACCUACAACUACAUACCUACCUACCUACUAACUGCUCCUUUGUGGCGGACAGCAGCAGUAUCAUGAGUGCACCUGCAUGUGUGUGUGCGUGUGUUCGUAUAGUGUCCGCGCCACACGGAGAAGCGACACUGUAAACUCGAGUCUUUCUAAUAAAGUUUUUGUUGUUGCUGUCGCUAUUGUACGUAGUUAUUAACACGAAACGUCACCCCAAGUAAUUGUUCCCCCCUUAAAUUGGUUUUAAUUCGUUUUCUUCGACACAAGAAUCAUCAAUAUGACCUUCUGGAGCUUUUAUUUUGGCACUUCCGGUUUCCGACCGUGAAUUUGCAUAUUAGCUAAAUAUUUAGUUUCGCCCAACACAUUUAGAUUUAACAUUUAACAUUUAGUUUUAGUAUUUAAAUGUUGUUGUAAAUGUGCAAAAAAAUGACUGCCGAAAAUUCACAUCACUUUUUUAAGUGCUGUUUGAAGCUAAAUGUGACCAAAUCUUGCUGUUGUUUUUAUAAUGGGCUGCUUUACAAACGGCACCCCAUAUCAAAGUCUGUCUGAUCCACGUUCUGCUGAUUUACCCCAAACUUCCGACUCAUCCUGAUCGUCUCCUAAAAGGUCGUAUCCUCCGAUCGUAGCUGAUCGUAACCAUUCAAGUUAACGUGUCAAUUUACACCGACUUCUUUCCGUUCCUCUGAGGAUCGCCGGACUCCUCAGCUGGAUGGACGCAGAUGUUGCUCCUAAAUCUGGAGAUGUUGUCGAAAACUGAGGAUGCAGCAUCCAACUCCUCGUUGAAAGGAGUCUUAGAUUUUGAUUCUGAUCCUCAGAGGAACGGAAAGAAGUCGGUGUAAAUCGACACGUUAACUUGAAUGGUUACGAUCAGCUACGAUCGGAGGAUACGACCUUUUAGGAGACCAUCAGGAUGAAGGUGGAGGUCGGGGGUCAGGCUCCGCCCUCUCCAAACUCCAUCUUCGGCGUAGAUAUAGAUUUGUGAAACAGUCUAUCUUCUAGAACAUGAAAACUAAUUAUUGAAAGUUUCCAAACAGACAAAAAAAACAAAAACGCGUUCAUGUGAGAAAAGUGGAACGACUUCCUGUCCUGCAAUCUGUGCACUGGUGGAGAAGCUGGUGAGAACAUCUUGACGACCUCGAACCGUCAGGAUAACAACAACAACAACAACAGCUGAUUGAAGCGGCGUCAGAGUCUGUCUGUCAGAACGGCUCAGUUCACGAACACAGAGGGUCAACAGGCUGAAGGGAAACACUCUGACCAAUCAGAGUCAAGUAUUCAGGUGACCCUGCCUCAGCCAAUCACGUUAAAGUACCAUGACUGUGAUGUAAGUGGACUUUCCUUCAGUUCCGCUGGACCCGGACUGAGGUUCAGGUCAGGAACUAAACUCAGUACCCGUCCUCAGGUCCUGAUCAGAUAUUUUCUUCUUCUGAUCGGAGACGCCGUCCGCUCACAGGAGACCUGAAUUAUUCAGGAGGGAAUAAUUACAGCGCUUCAAUAAUUAACACACACAGGAGCCUUCAUCCCCUCAUCAUCAUCAUCAUCAUCAUCAUCACCUCUGAAUCAGUGUGUGUGUGUGUGUGUGUGUGUGUUAGGUAACACACUCUCUGCUGUGGUUCACUUCCUGUGGUCAGCCCGGGGUCAGGAGACACAGCUGAGAGGAGCUUCAGGUCAGCUGAUCUUCUCCUCCUCCGUCUGCUCCUCCCUCUGUUCUUCCUCCUCCUCUGUUCCUCCCCCUCCUCCUCCUCCUCAGUCAUGUCUGAACUUAAAGGGAUAGUUCCUGUUGUUCAGCUGGUUUACAGUCCGGUACUCGUUCAGAAACACACAGUAUGUUAGAAACCUGUCAGUCCAGGUCCAGGUCUGAGCUGCUCCACAGAGGCUGAGCGAACACAAACUCCUCCUCCACACCUGUCCUCACUCUGGUUGUCGGUUUGACUCCUGACCCCGCCUCUCUCAGGCCGUCUUAUCAAAGUCUAAAAUAUGCAGCUGCUGCUCUGACCGUGUAAAACAAUACUAAAUAAAGAGAUAAUAUUCAAACAUGGAAAUAAAACUCUGACUGUUAGCAGACAUCAUCUUAUAUCUACAGACGGGUCGGUGGGCGGGGUUUCCUACUACCUUACUCUCAGGUGUUCAGUAUCAGUAACCAGGUGAUCUACCCUGGAUUUAACCCUGAAGUGACCUUGAUAACUGUUUUGUCGUUCACGCCCUGAAGUCUGGAAGAAACUUGGAAACGUCAAAAUGAGGCCGACAGACUGUGACCUGCUGCUGAAACAUCAUCAGAGCUUCACAGAGAAGGAAACUGGAGGCCAGUCUGCAGACUGGAGCUGUGAAGUGGACCUGAGGAGGUUCAGGUCUCAGUACCUCUACUGGACCGAAUCCUGGACGCCUCUCCUCCUCCUGCUCAGGUUUCAGAGUCAGACUCUCCUUUCCGCUCUGAAUUUUUCAGCACGCUGACGGCAGGCGGCGGUUUGUUUUCCUCUGCAGGAGGCGACACUGAAGAGCGAUCACAUCAGCCUCCGAACCUCUGAUCAGCUGUUAGUAACCUUUGAUCAGCUGUUAAUGAUCUGAGUCUGUUUACCAACUUUGAUCAGCUGUUAAUAACCUCUGAUCAGCUGUUAGUAACCUUUGAUCAGCUGAUAACAACCUCUGAUCAGCUUUUAAUAACCUCUGAUCAGCUGUUAAUGAUCUGAGUCUGUUUACCAACUUUGAUCAGCUGUUAAUAACAUCUGAUCAGCUGAUUAAAUAUCAUGAUCAGCUGUUAAUAACCUCUGAUCAGCGGUUAGUAACCUUUGAUCAGCUGAUAAUAACCUCUGAUCAGCGGUUAAUGAUCUGAGUCUGUUUACCAACUUUGAUCAGCUGUUAAUGACCUCUGAUCAGCUGAUUAAAUAUCAUGAUCAGCUGUUAAAAUAUUCUGAUCAGCUGCUAGUAACCUCUGAUCAGCUGAUAACAACCUCUGAUCAGCUUUUAAUGACUUCUGAUCAGCUGUUAAUGAUCUGAGUCUGUUUACCAACUUUGAUCAGCUGUUAAUAACCUCUGAUCAGCUGAUUAAAUAUCAUGAUCAGCUGUUAAAAUAUUCUGAUCAGCUGUAAAUAACCUCUGAUCAGCAGUUAAUGAUCUGAUCAGCUGAUUAAAUAUCAUGAUCAGCUGUUAAAAUAUUCUGAUCAACUGUUAAUAACCUCUGAUCAGCUAUUAAUGAACCUCUGAUCAGCUGUUAAUGAUCUGAUCAGCUGUUUCGAUAUUCUGAUCAGCUGUUUCGAUAUUCUGAUCAGCUGUUUGUCAUGGCGGUGGAUCUGAAGAUCAGGGUACCGACCCGAUAACCUCUCAGAUUCACAGCUGAUCUGUUGCGGUGUGUUUCCUCCUGGCCUCUGUCAGCUGUUUUUCUAACAGCAGCUGGUAUUGAUAACUGUUGCUAUGGUGACCAGUUCAAAAUACAUCAGAAGAAGAAGCAGCAGACGAUGUUUUCAGGACUGAUUGAUCCUCCGAUCAUCGGUUUAAUUUCAGGUUUUAUCGAUAAAUCCGUGCUGCUCCUCUAACUUUCAGCUCCACACUGAAGAUCGUCAACAGUCAGGAAAUGAUCAACAAUCUUGAAUCCUAUUGGUCAGUUUCCCAUAACAACAGAGUGUUAUUGUUCAACAGCAGGGUUAGCGGAGGCGAGGACAGAGUAUUGUCUUCAGCCUGUUGACACUGUGGCAUGUUUGACGGUUCAGGUAGGACACAGUGUCGCGCUCGCCUGAGCCCGGAGCUGAUUUAUAGAUUUAUUUAUUCAUUUCUGUUUUCUUGUUCUUUGAUAGUUUUAUUUGUUUUUAUGUCUCAGUGUACAGCACUUUGGACACCCCCGUGGUUAUUUUAACUGUGCUAUAGAAAUAAAGUUGAUUGAUUGAUUGAUUGAUUGAACUUUAAAUAUGAAAAUAAAAAUGUCUUCAGAUUAAAAAUUAAAUUCAGACUUAGAUCAUCGAACAUCUCUGAGUUUUAUUUGAUCUUAUUUAAACUUUACUCUUCUUACUUCAGUUUGUUCUUUAUUAUCUUUAGAGUUUUUUUAUUUAAUGAAACUAAAAGUGUUUCAGAGAAGGUCCUGGUCCAGAAGGUUCUGGUCCAGAAGGUUCUGGUCCAGAAGGUCCUGGUCCAGAAGGUUCUGAAACAGUUUAAUUCUUAGAUGAACUAAAAUCAGAGGAAAGCAGAAAAUCCCUCAGGACUGGCUGUAAACUCUCAACUCUAAGUGUCGAAUAUAACCCAUCUGAUUACUUGAUCGGGAAUUAACUAAUCGAUUGAUUAACCGAUCAUCCGGAUCGGACGUGUUUUCACUUUGUUGAGGUUGAAGUUUGACUGAGAAUAAACUCGAAUCUUUACUUUCAUUGACAAAAAUCGACUCUCUCAGAAACAUGUCCGACUCGCUCCGAUUAAUCGAUAAUUUUGAAAACCUGUUCUCAGUGUGUUUCUGCUGCAGGCGGGUGGACCUCGUGUCUGAUCGAUGACCUGAUCGGGUCUUAAAGAGGUCUGGUCUCCUUACCUUGAGUUUCUGGACGCUCUUGCUCUCCUCCUCUCGGCACCACACCGUCACCCCCCCCUUACUGUACCGGCUGAUCCAUCCGUCCGGAUUCAGACACUGAUCCUUGAACGACGAGAAGUCCGAGUCGUCCGGGAUCUGGACCGGCAUCUCCGCUCCGAACCGGAGUGUGGGCUUCAAAAAGAGAAGAAGAAGAAGAAGAAGAGGAGGAGGAGGAAGAGAUGUAGUCCAGGUUUACAUCAGUCUGCAGUCUCACAGCUGCUGGUCUGAACUGGGUCUGAUGGUGGACCUGGUCCCACAGCUGCAGGUUUAAACUGGUUCGAAGUGAUCCGAGUCCCGAACCUGAAAGACUGUAAAGAGUUUGAAGGCUGGAUCGGAUCAGAGACUGUGUGGACCCGGUCUGCUGCAGGUCUGAUCUGCAGACUGAAGAUCUGCUGCUGCGCUCAUCACUGCAAAGAUAGGACAGACAGACAGAGGUCUCACUCUGAGCACAUAUUCAGGGAACAAACUCAGAGCAUGAAGUCAGGGUCCUCAAACACAACAGCAAACACACACCUCUGCUGACUGUCUGCAGAUGAAGCUGCUGCUCUUCUCCUCUUAUUGAUCCACUCUGACUGAAGUCUCUGUUUUUAAACUCUGAUCCGAUAAUUUGAGUUUAACAUUAAAAAUCUAUAUAUACUUAAUUAGCCUGACAGGUAAAGGUAACAUGCUGGAAAUCAACCAGUGUGCCGAUUAUGUCAUAUAUAAAUAUAUAACAUUGUGUUGACUGCAGUGUAAUUAGAGAUUAAAUCAAUAGUAGUCCGAUCGAUCGGUGAUCGAAUAAUCGCUCAGAGGUUAAUUUUUUUAACUGUUGUUCUCUCAGUAAAGAGUCACUGCGCCUGUUUUUGAGUUAGUAACAGAGUGACUCAUCUUAUCAAUAGACCAUCUUUGUCACCAUUCUCUGCGUUGCUGCCUUCAGGUGCUCCUGUAGAAAUAACCAUGAGGACGCAGAGAGCAGCAGAGGUCGUUAACAAACUUUGAUUAAACUUUAAUAAACUUUAAUAAACUUUAAAAUGACUAAAAUUAUUCUGUGAUUCUCAGACAGGAACAGAGCGAUCAAACAUCUGAGACACAGCAGCUGUUUUUACUGAAACUUUGAGGAGUCCUCCGAUUUCAGAGUCCUCCUGAAAGCCUCAGCUGCUGUAAGUGAUACCUGCGGUUCAGGUGGAGCAGUGGGCGGAGCCUGUAGGACAUAUCCGGUGUCAGCACCUGUUUGUUUCCAUCCCUCAGACUCUGAUGAUCUCAGUCUGGAGAGGAGAAGUUUCCAGAAACAGAGGGAGACACUCAGACCUCCAAAGGUCACCUGACAGGUGUCUCUGUGAGUUUAUGAAGGUUUCGGACAGGUGAGGACACCUGUGCACAAACUUUCACCUGUUUUUGUUGCUGAAAUCAUAUUUGUGAAGCAGCAGUGGGGGUGAGGGGGCUUUAGUGCCAUCUAGUGUUGAAGUUCCAGAUUGAAUCCAGCUGAGAAGAGACACUAAAAUGAGCAGGAUAUGACCCUCACAGUUACCAUCAAACAAACAUCUAUAAUUAUCUUUAUAGUUUAUUAAUCUGAAGAAAGUUUCAUUUAAUCAACGAGAAAAUAUUUCACAUCUGCUUCACAAGGAUGACUGAAAAAUCGAGUUUAUUUCAAGAAUAAUCAGAAAUAAUUAAUCUCUAGCUCCAGGUCUGGACUGAACAAAACUCCUCCUCCAUCUUUGACAGAAAUAAAACACUGAGACCCUCUGACUGACUUAAAGACCUCGACUCUAAAUACAUAAAAUUAAUGAAUUUAAAGUUCCUCUCUUUCAUUUGAUCUUUUAUCUCUUUUAUCUUAUUUCAGCUUCACUGUCUUUUCAGCGUUUUUAACACUUGAACUCUUUUCUUAAUGAACCUUUUAGUCCUUUCAUUGUUUUAUCUCUCGCUCAUUUCCUGUUGCUCUAUUUUAUCAUUACUAUUAUUAUCAGUAUUACCUUUUAUCAUUUUAUUAUCAUUGUUGAUUUUGUCUUUUAUAUUUACUACCCUGUUUCCUCUUUGUCCCCUCUUUUUUAUCACAUUUCUUUAUAUGAACUAUUUUAUGUUUUUAUUUCGGUCCUCAUGGUCUCAUUUGAUGUUGCAAUGUUCUUGUUUUGUCUUUAUUAUGACAUGAAAAUGACCUUUAGUUCUGUUUUUAAUGAGCUUUUUGUUUUUAUCUUUUUCCAUGUACUUUAUGACGACAUGUCAAAGCACUUUGUAAACUUCUGUUUUUAAAGGUGCUAUACAAAUAAAGUUAUUAUUAUUAUUAUAAUUAUUUGGAUGUGAAAUUAAACAUUUCCUACAGUCAGUGAACACACCUCCGUGUUUUAACAGUCCUCUAUAUUUACUCUUCAUGAACUUUUAAACUCUUUAGAGUUUACAGAGUUUUAACAGUUAACAACUGACCUCCUCUGACCAGCAGGGGGAGCUCUGCACUGCAAAACCGGUCUGAUUCUGUGUGUGUGUGUGUGUGUGUGUGUGUGUGUGUGUGUGUGUGUGUGUGUGUGUGUGUGUGUGUGUGUGUGUGUGCAGCAGAUGUCUCUCAAACACAGAGCUGCUUUGUGUUCACGAAUCAGUUCAGGUUUCCAGCAGAUGUUCUCAGAGGUCAAAGGUCAGGAGUGUGGCAGAAAGUGCAGCGCACACACACACACACACACACACACACACACACACACACACACACACACACACACACACACACACACACACACACACACACACACACACACACACACACACACACACACGCACACACACACAGUUGGAGUUGUCUCUGGAAAGAUCAAGUUUCAGACACGUUUUCGUUCUUGUUUUAAGUGUUUCUGGACGUCAGCUGAUAUUAAAUAAAGUUUAUUUCACCUUCAGAGGAAUUUUCCGGAACCAUCCUGCUCUAAAAAAACAGAAAAACAUCCGAGCUGAAGAUAAAACACAGUCUGUGAUCAGACUCAUCAUGGUGGAGUGUUUUUAGAGAAGGUCUUCAGAGCCUCCUCCUCCUCCUCCUCCUCCUCCUCCUCCUCCAAAAUCAUCCUGAUGAUUCUGUCUCAUUGAUGGUUUAAAUCAGUCUUAAUGUGAGCCACGAUCACUGUUAUGAGUUUAAAUUAAAGUAACUUCAUAAGUUUGUUGUUCUCUCACCUGAUUGGCCGGUUUGAGUUUCUGCAGGUGAUGGACGGACGUCUCUGUCAGACUGAGGCUGAUCAUGUCCUCAAAGAUCUGUUUAAGUCCUCAAGAGAUCCACACAACACGACCGUGAUGAAAGAAACACACACACACACACACACACACACACACACACACACACACACACACGCACACACACACACAGCUUCCUGUGUACCUGCUGUGUGUUUUACUGUCUCUGCGCUGAAUUCCUCCUUAAUGAUCAUCGUUAACAGUCAGCUCUGUUUAUGUCCUCCUGCUGACACCCGUCUGCACGCGCUCAGUGCGUCUCUGCACGCGCUCAGUGCGUCUCUGCGUCCCUCGUCAGUCUGUAUGGAGGCCACAGGUCCAGGUGAAGUCCGGCCUGGUUCAGGUCCACGUCAGCUAAUAAAAACAUUAAACAUGCUGACCUGGUUCUCUCUCAGAACCCGGUCUGUCUGGUCCGCCUCGGUCCUCCGGGUCCAGGUCCCCCUCACCCCCCGGUCUUCAUAGUCCAGCUCAAAGGCCGUGACAAAUACUGAUCGGACAUGAAACCACGAAUUAAAUCAGAGAGAACAGACAGAAGUGAAGGAACGACUGUGGAGACAGUUGGUCAGUGACACGGUGGGGGGUCUCCAGUCUGGAGGGGUCUCCAGUCUGGGGGGGGUCUCCAGUCUGAGGGGGGUCCCUCAGGGGCCCCGUGUCUGAAAGACCGUGGAGGAGACCUCCUGAUGUGAAUGAAACUUGGUGCCGUCUUCACGGAAAAACGAUAAAAACUUUCAGGUCGGGACCCACCGGAUCAGAACCACUGGUCUAGACCUUCAGAACAAGCUGGACCCCCCCAGCCCAGGUGAUCCGGAUCAGAACCUCUAAACUGAAGACAGACACCAGGAGGGUCAGGGGAGUCUGGAUGACCAGCUGCAGAGAAAGUCCAAACAGGUUUCAGGUCUCAUCGCCUGCAGGGGGUCAGAGGUCAGGGCCUGAAGUGGGAGGAGCUUCAACCCCUCAUCAUGGAGGUCAUGGACCAGGUCUAGAUUUUAACUUCAUUAAAUCAAGUCCAACCUCAGGAUGAGAGCGUGUGUCAGAGGAGCAGACUCUCUCUCCGUCCUCCAGAUGGACGUCCAGGACGGUAAACAUGAAAUAUUUUCCUCCUCUUAAAGCUUUUAAUGGUGGAAAAGGUCUCAGGGGUCAGAGGUCAGAGGGGGAAGAAUCCAGGUCACACCAGGCUGUUAGCCGUUAGCGUUAGCUUACAUAACUCCAGCUGCUGCGGCGACGCUCAGCGUGAACCAACCGUCUGCUUUCUUUAAUCUGAAUGUCUGAGCCUCAACCAACACCUGAACGCACCACCAUCAUGACCUGUGUGUGUGUGUGUGUGUGUGUCUGUGUGUGUGUGUGUGUGAGUGUGUGUGUCACCCCGUCAGCUCUGACUGCAGCAGCACCUCGCUGUGAAGAAGGUAAAACGGUCUGUAAAGAGGAGCGUCCACACUGAAGUCCGACUCUGAGAGAUUCCUCACCUCAGCCGUCAGUCUGCUGCGACACAGACGGACAAAAACACCACGAGACCGAGUGAGACAAGACAAGACCGAGCGAGACAAGACGAGACCGAACGAGACAAGACGAGACCGAGUGAGACAAGACGAGACCGAGCGAGACAAGACGAGACCGAGCGAGUCCAGACAAGACCGAGCGAGACAAGACGAGACAGAGCGAGACCAGACGAGACCGAGCGAGACAAGACGAGACCGAGCGAGACAAGACGAGACCGAGCGAGACCAGACGAGACCGAGCGAGACAAGACGAGACCGAGCGAGACCAGACGAGACCGAGCGAGACAAGACGAGACCGAGCGAGACCAGACGAGACCGAGCGAGACAAGACGAGACCGAGCGAGACCAGACGAGACCGAGCGAGACAAGACGAGACCGAGCGAGACAAGACGAGACCGAGCGAGACAAGACGAGACCGAGCGAGACAAGACGAGACCGAGCGAGUCCAGACGAGACCGAGCGAGACAAGACGAGACCGAGCGAGACAAGACGAGACCGAGCGAGACCAGACGAGACCGAGCGAGACAAGACGAGACCGAGCGAGACCAGACGAGACCGAGCGAGACAAGACGAGACCGAGCGAGUCCAGACGAGACCGAGCGAGACCAGACGAGACCGAGCGAGACAAGACGAGACCGAGCGAGACAAGACGAGACCGAGCGAGACCAGACGAGACCGAGCGAGACAAGACGAGACCGAGCGAGACAAGACGAGACCGAGCGAGACAAGACGAGACCGAGCGAGUCCAGACGAGUCCGAGCGAGACAAGACGAGACCGAGCGAGUCCAGACGAGACCGAGCGAGUCAAGACGAGACCGAGCGAGACCAGACGAGACCGAGCGAGACAAGACGAGACCGAGCGAGACCAGACCGAGUGAGACAAGACGAGACCGAGCGAGACCAGACGAGACCGAGCGAGUCAAGACGAGACCGAGCGAGACCAGACCGAGUGAGACAAGACGAGACCGAGCGAGACCAGACGCUGAGCGGAAUAAGGACUUAAAGGGAUAUUCCGGGGUAAAAUGAAUCCAUGGUCAAACCCACCGUAACACCGAGUUAGACUCCGCCCCCCUCCAGAGAUGAAUGUUGUCGACCGCUUCCUUCUCUAGUUAUACCAACUUUAGUAACAACCGCAGGAUAGAAAUACAGAGAGCCACGCCCCCAACCAAAACGCCACUCUAUAACCACAGAUAAUGCUCAGAACAGCACCUAACUUCAUCAACAGGACAUAUAGGGUCACAGACAUAGUACUAGACACCAAACAUCUUUUUAACUUUGACUAAUUUCUUUAGCAAAGAGACUAAACACAACUCACCUACUCUCUUCCAGCAGACGCUUGUUUGUAGAGAGACCUCAGGCCAGUCCAUUACGGACUACAGCGGGGUGCCGCAGCUCAAGGAAGAACAUUGAUGAUCAUUUCUUCAUGGAAAUGCAGUCAGGGACCAUUGUCAGAGUCGAGGCCUUCAGGACACAGUCUCACCUUCAGGCCCUUGAAUGCAGCACGCUGCGACAGCUGACUGUAAUUUAACAGAUUUUAUAACUGACACAUGACGGAACAAUAAAUCUGCUGAAUCUGCUUCUUUUACCAGUGAAUGAAAAUCUCUGAGCCACAGGUCUGUGAGGAGGAGGAGGAGGAGGAGGAGGAGGAGGAAACAGAGCAGAUGAAGAAGGAGAAACAGUUGAUCCUUCACUGCUUAGAAGUUUCUCCUCUCAGGGGAAAUAAAACCACAGAGCUGUUCGUCUCUGUUUCUGUUUAAACUGCUGAAGACGCUCCUCUCUGCUGACUGAUGGACCAUACUGUGAUAUUUUUUAUCAUAUUAUACUUUGACGAUUUGUCGGACUAAAAUUAGAAUUUUUAUCAUAGUUAACUUUGUUGGUUUUAUCAUAUUAUACUGUGACUUUUUUAUACUAAAAUUUAAAUUUCAUCACACUAUCCUAUGACAUUUUUUUCCUAUUAUAUUAUGAAUUUUUUAAUAAUAAAAUUUGAAACUUUUAUUAAAGUAUACUUAUCAUACUACACUAUCACAUUUUUAUAACAUUAUUAUAAGAUUUUCUUCAUACUAAUUUUGAAAUUUUUAUCAUAGUAAAUAUGACAAAUUUAUCAUUCUGUACUCUGACAUUUUUCUCAUGUUAUACUCUGACUUUUUUUCAUACUUAAAUUUUACAUUUCUAUCAUAUGAAACUAAUAUUUUUAUCAUAUUAUACUUUGACUUUUUAUCAGACUAAAAUUAAUUAUUUUUUUAUUAUAGUUAACUUUGAUAUGUUUAUCAUAUUAUACUGUGACUUUUUUAUACUUAAAUUUGACACUAAAAUUAGACUUUUUCUCACACUAUCCUUUGACAUUUUUUCAUAUUGUUUUAUGACUUUUUUCAUUCUACAGUUUAAAAUUGUGUAAUUUUAUAAAAAAAUGUAUAAAGUGACAUUUUUAUCAUAUGUUGCUAUGAAACUUUUUCACACAAGAAAAUUUGAUUUUUUUUUAUACCAAAAUUUAAAUAUUUUAUUCUACUAUAAUCUGAGUAUUUUUUCAUAUCAUACUUUGAUUUUUUUAUACUAAAUUUUGAUAUUUUUAUCAUAAUAUACUCUGACAUUUUUUCAUACUAAAAAUCCUUCUGUCCUUCUUUCUUCUUUUGUUCUUUUCUUUCUUUCUCUCUUUCUUUUUUAAAGUUGGUUUAUAAAUUGGACUGAGUUGAGGAUGUCUCUCCUCCUCCUCCUCCUCCUCCUCCUCCUCUCGGUGUCUGAUGUCUGGCUCCUCCCUCUCCUCCUCUCCCUCCCUCCCCCUCUCUCUCCUCUAUAAAUCAGCCCGGCUCUCCUCGCUCUCAGACGGACUGCAGGCUGCGGACAGAGAGGAGGAAACAGAGAGAGAAAGAAAAUCGGAGUUGAAGGUAGAAAGCAGAAGAGGAGCAGAAGUUUCCCAGUUUGAGAAAAGAUGAAGGUCCUGGUCCUGGUUCUGGGUCUGGCCGUGGUUCUGGCGGUGUGUGUGGCCCGGUCUCCCUACCAGGCAGUUCUGCAGCACAGCCGGAUCAGAGGCCGGCUGCAGGGGUGAGUCUGAUCCGGGUUUGGUGGGUUACUCUCUUCAGGGGGGGCCGGUCUGUGCGGGGAACUUUAAACCUGCAUGUAAACUUCAUCCCAGAGUCUGGAAUCAGGGUUUAAGGUCCUCAUCAGACCCUGAUCCACUUCAGAAGAACUCUGAGUCUGGAGGUUUAAUCCUCAUCCAGAGCAGCUCUGAGUUGAGGGUCUGGUUCAGGGUCUAAAGUCCUCUGGACAGACCUGUUUCGACCUCGUCAGGACAGGGUCUCAGGACUUCUUCAGACCUCUGUGUCUCCUGCAGAAGGUGAGGAAACAUCUCAGCGUGUCCUCUAAAACAGACGAACCAUUUCCACCUUAAAUCAAACCUCAGUCACCUUCACACCCUCUGAGCUGUGAUCCAACAGUGAGAGUUUCUGUCUGUGGGGGUUUUUGUGGUCCUCCUCAGUCCACCUUAAAGACUCUGUGGAGUAGUUCUCCUUCAGGGGUAAACGGAGGACCAUGGAAACACUGAGGAGAUGUUUGUAGUUUUAAAGCAGAUGAAUGUUAACAGACCGCACAUGUUUGUUUCUGACAGCGAGUCCGUCCGGAUCAAAUCUCUCGGCUUUAUUUCAGAACAGAGACAGUUUCUUCUUCUUCUUCUUCUUCUUCUUCUUCUUCUUCUUCUUCUUCUUCUUCUUCUUCUUCUUCUUCUUCAGUUUCUUCUUCUUCUUCUUCUGCUUCUUCUUCUUCUUCAGUUUCUUAGAGGAGCUCCGGUCUCUCAGGUUUCUUCAGAGUCUCUUCCUCAGAGGUGGACUGAAACAAACAGCUUUAUUAUUUCUGAGUUAAAAUGCUGAGACUCUGUCAGACAGAUUUAGGGUUUUCAUUCGUCUGUCUGUUUGUGAAUUUCCCUCCUGACUCUCUGUUGUCUCUCUCCUCUCUCUCAGGCCCAACGUUUGUGCGAUGCAGCAGAUUAAAGGCACCGACAAGAAGUACUUCACCAACUGCAAACAGUGGUACCAUCGCAAGAUCUGCGGGAAACCCACGUGAGUGUUGGUGAUCCUGCUCUCCCCUCUCUGUGAUUCAUUCUCUGAAGGUUAGAGGCGUCUCCUCAGCCGCUCCUCCUCAUGAUCACUAACUGUGUCUCUGCGGCCGUCCACUGUUCAGUCUGUGAAGUUAGUGUUCAGAGGACAGAGGAAUGUCCCUGUCUCGGGAGGUGUCCUCGCCUCUUAUGUAACCACAGAAGAAGAAAAGUCUGCAGCAGCCUGGCAGAGCCAUCAGUGUCAGUUUACUCCGAGUCUGGUCUGGAGGACACGUGUUCGAGUCCUCUCCUCUGUUUUAUCACUUUAAUGUACAAAGAGAGGGUCAACCUUUAACCACGAGGGCAGUGCAGAGCUGAGUCUGACCACUAGGGGAGCUGUUGAGCUGCAGCCUGAACAGAGAUUUUAAAAUACGUCUGCGCAUCAGGAAACUCUUUAAAGGGAUAUUCCAACAUAAAAUUAAUUUAGGGUCAAACUCACCGUAACACCGAGUUAGACCCCCCCUCCAGAGAUGAAUGUUGUCGACCGCUUCCUUCUCUUCCUUCGCUACCAACUUUAGUAACGACCACAGGAUAGAAAUACAGAGAGCCACGCCCCCACUCAAAACGCCACUCUAUAGCCACAAAUAAUGCUCAGAACAGCACCUAAAGCGGGGUACACACGUAAAGAUAACCGGGCUGUUUCUGUCCUGGUGUUCCCCCUCCUGACCAAGGAUGACCGUCAGAAGAUCAUCGUAUGUCCUCUAAGAUGAUCCUAUAAGACCAUCUCGUGUCUGAGGUGUAUUUAGACUGAAUUUGUCCCGAUAAUUGGGUCCGAAACAAGUCGGGCCGACAAUCAUAAAUAUUAAACUUGUUCAAUAUUUAUGACCCGAAAUCGUCAUGUGUGGUGAAAGUGAACGACUCCCGAGUCAUGACUUCGUGAAUUGAAGCGAGCUGACAGAGGGUCAAAGAACCAAAUACAGCGAAUAAAAACCAAACAUGGCCGACGGGAGAACGGGAUUUAGUCCAGGAUUUUCCUGUCCAACAUUCUCCCAAAACCACCAUCAUUCCCUCCUCUUGUGUUUUCCCGGUUGUUGCUGUUUCCUCUUCGUUUUUAUUAGAUCAGGUUUGAUCACGCGAGAUUUCUGUCUUGGAGGACUAGAUUCUAGAUCAGUGUUGGAACAUUUAUGAUCAUUUCUUCAUGGAAAUACAAUCAGACCGAGACGUUAAGACAGAAGAACUACAGCGUCUGUAAAAUGAUCAAUAUGGUGAUUAUUACUUCAAGGAAAUGAUAAAGAAAUGAUCAUAAAUGUUCUUCCUUGAGCUGCGGCACCCCGCUGUAGUCUGUAAUGGACUGGCCUGAGGUCUCCCUACAAACAAGCGUCUGCUGGAAGAGAGUAGGUGAGUUGUGUUUAGUCUCUUUGCUAAAGAAAUGAGUCAAAGUUAAAAAGAUGUUUGGUGUCUAGUACUAUGUCUGUGACCCUAUAUGUACUAACCUCAGUAGAACAUGGUGUAGUUUUGUUCAGUAACAGAACCUCAUUGAAAAAUUAGCUGAUUUAACUUUACUGUGCUCUUGUUCAAAUAUAUUAACUCGACAGCACAUAAAUCCAUACCUGUUAACAAAAUCAUGAUUUUAUUGAUAAUUCGGCUCAAUAAAAACACCUUUACCUUUUCAUUUUACUACAGUAGAAGUUUAUUGGCCCAGAUUACAGACUACAGAGGUGGAGAAACGCCCCCGCUUAAAUUUGUUUUCUUAGGAGUUAGAACAACUCUGAAUAUAGUGCUAUGGCUGUGACCCUAUAUGUCCUGUUGAUGAAGUUAGGUGCUGUUCUGAGCAUUAUCUGUGGCUAUAGAGUGGCGUUUUGGUUGGGGGCGUGGCUCUCUGUAUUUCUAUCCUGCGGUCGUUACUAAAGUUGGUCUAACUAGAGAAGCAAGCGGUCGACAACAUUCAUCUCUGGAGGGGGGCGGGGUCUAACUCGGUGUUACGGUGGGUUUGACCCUAAAUUAGUUUUACAGCAGAAUAUCCCUUUAAGUUCAUGUGAUUGGUGGGCUGACUCAGUGACUUCCUCUCUCAUGUGUUCACAGCGAUCUUCAGAUCUAGAGUUGGUUUAUCUGCACACAGCAUCAUCGCUCUAUGAUAUACAUCAGCUGUAGUUUGUUGCACGUUAAUGUUUGGACGGUCAGGCGUGGUCACAAACUUCAGAUUCACUCCGACAGCCAGAGCGUCUCCUGUCUGUCGGUUGGUUAACAAACAGCUGAUGAGUUAUCGUCCACGUCUCUCCAGACUCCUCACUCCUGCUCCUCCUCACUGUGGUCCGUCUCUCUCGUUUUUCCAGCCCUCCUGCUUCACUUUCAUGUUUGGAUCUGAAGCACAGACAGAAAAGUUUGGUCAUAUAAAAGUGAGUUUCUGUAAACAUGUCAGAGAGUCUGAGAAACGACGGGAACCUUCAGAGACACGGUGGGACUGUAGGUGAGGACAGAGAGGAGGACUGUGAGGACGCACAGACGGACAGAGAGCAGGAUUCAUGUCAGGGAGGAAUGAGAAGUAUCCGACUGAGCCUGAGGAAACACAGAGCCGCUCUCUCUGAGAAACUCUGGACGUAAACAGAAAGUGUCUGUAAAGCCCUGAGCUGAGCUGCGUUCAAGAGCUCGACGGAGGAAACCCUGAACACGGACUGAAUCCACGUCAUCGUCCUUCAGAUGUUUACAGACGGGAAAUAAACGAGGAGACGUUCACGGGUUCAUCAGAAUCAUCCAAAGUCAGAGGGUCUGAGGGAUGAUCAGCUGUUUUAGUUCAGGUCUGAGGUCAAAGGUUAAAAACGGUCGUCUGCAGAUUUGAACAAACAGAGCGGCGUCUGUUUCUCGCCUCGCUCCGACCUCCGUCACUCCUGAAGGUCGUCAAAGUUUCUCGUUGAGUCGAUCGCUCAGCGGUGUGUUAGCGCCGCGGUGUGACGUUUCUGACCUGGAGGAGGGAGAGCGGCAGAGACCGGCAAAACUACGACAGAUUAUUGAGAAUAUCGAGAUUAUUGAAAUUAUUGAAAAUAUUGAGAUUAAUGAGAUUAUCGAGAUUAUUAUAAUUUUUUUGAUAAUUUAGAUUAUUGAGAUUAUCAAGAUUAUUAUAGUUUUUAGAUAAUUGAUAAAAUUGAGAUUAUUUGAAUAAAUGAGAUUAUUGAGAAAAUUGA